AUGAGUUCCAGCUCUGCCGCGGGAACGCUGCCUCUGGAGGACUACCAGAGAUACGGUAGGCAGAUGAUCCUCAAUGGCUUCGGCCUGCCAGGUCAGCUCAAGCUACAGCACGCCUCUGUCGCCGUCGUCGGCGCAGGCGGCCUCGGGUGCCCUGCUCUCCAGUACCUGGCCGCAGCGGGUGUAGGCCGCAUAGGCAUAAUCGACCACGAUCGCGUCGAGCUAUCUAACCUACAGCGACAGAUCCUACACACCGAGGCCCGGGUCGGCAUGCACAAGGCCCUCUCCGCCGCAGAGGCCCUCAAACAAAUCAACUCCCGCGUGCAGGUCGACGCACACACGACGGCGCUCACGCCCGCGAACGCCGCGGCGCUCCUCGCGCCGUACGACCUCGUCCUCGACUGCACGGACAACCUCCCGACGCGCUACCUCCUCUCCGACACCGCCGUGCGCCUGCGGCGCGCGCUCGUGAGCGGCGCGGCGCAGCAGCUCGACGGGCAGCUCUGCGUGUACAACCUCGGGCCCGGCGCGGGGCCGUGCUUCCGCUGCCUCUUCCCGCGCGCGCCCGCGCCCGAGGCCGCGGGCUCGUGCGCGGAGCUCGGCGUGCUGGGCGCGGUGACGGGCGUCGUCGGCGCGCUGCAGGCGGCGGAGGCGGUCAAGCUGCUCACGGGGCUGCACGACGGGAAGCCGACGAUGCUGAUGUACUCUGCGCUGGGCGCGCCGCCGUUCCGGAGCAUCAAGCUGCGCGCGCGGCGGCCGACGUGCGCGGCGUGCGGCGCCGAGGGCGAGCGGGUCGGCCGGAUCGAGGAGACGGACUACGUCGCGUUCUGCGGGGGCGCGCGGCCGGACUGGGUGGCGCGCGGGCUGGCGGAGGGCCGGCCUGACAGCCGCGUACGCGCGACGGAGCUGAAGCGGGUGCUAGACUCGGGCAAGCAUGUCCGCGUUAUCGACGUGCGACCGCCCACGGAGUUUGGGAUAUGCCGGCUGCCUGGCUCCAUGAACAUACCUAUCAAGGAGCUAGUAGCCAACCCCUCACAGAGUGUUCUCGGAGACGAGGAAGACACAGAAACGUACGUUGUGUGCCGGCUGGGUAAUGACUCGCAGCUGGCAGUCGAGGCUCUGAGGAAUGCGAAUGCCAGAGGGACUGUGAAGGACGUCAUCGGUGGUCUUAGAGCGUGGGCAAAAGAAGUAGAUGAGGCAUUUCCUGUGUAUUGA